AUGUCAGGGGGUUUGGAAGCGUUUGCCCUUCGGGAAGAAGAUGUAAUGAAGAUGCUUGCUUGCCAGACUCAUUUAGGAGCUGGUAACUGUGAUUUUCAGAUGGAACAAUACGUCUUUAAACGGAGGAAUGAUGGAACACACAUUAUCAACUUGAGGAAAACAUGGGAGAAACUGUUGCUAGCAGCUCGAGCGAUUGCUGCAAUAGAAAAUCCUGCCGAUGUUUGUGUAGUGUCAGCACGUCCGUAUGCGCAACGAGCUCUUUUAAAAUUUGCAGCUCAUACAGGUGCAACUCCAAUUUUUGGUCGAUUCACUCCCGGCUGUUUGACCAAUCAGAUUCAAGCUCAGUUCAAGGAACCACGUUUAUUAGUAGUUUCUGAUCCGCGAGUUGAUCAUCAGGCUGUGAACGAAGCAUCGUAUGUUGGAGUUCCGGUCAUCAGUUUUUGCAAUACUGAUUCGCCAUUGAAAUUUGUCGAUGUUGCCAUUCCCUGCAACAAUAAGGGUGCACAAUCUAUUGGGUUGACUUGGUGGAUGUUGGCUCGCGAGGUUCUUUUAAUCAAAGGGAAGAUGACCCGUGAAACUGGUUUUGUUCUUGAGGGCAAGGCAAUCAUGCCGGAUCUCUACUUUUAUCGUGAUGCUGAGGAUCAAGAUAAAGAAGAAGCUGCAGAAAUUCGCGAUGGGAAGGAAGCUUGGCCACCACAACAAGCAGUUGAUGCUAAACUGGAUGACGCAGCUGCAGAGUCUGUACCGCAAAAAAUAGACUUUACUACAGUUCCAGAAGUAGUUGACUGGGCAGCUGAAACGGCUAGUUACGAUAGGACAGCUCAAGGUGAUGCCCCACAAGCCAGCGAAUGGGCUAGCCAGGAUGCAGGAGCCAACUGGUAG